AUGGACGAUGAUUUGGAUAUGCUAAUGCAUUUUGGCAUUAACAAUUUAGACUUACAAAUAAACCAAAAUAUUUUUUUGAACAACAAAAGAAGACGCAUGGUGCAAGAGGAUCCGUUUAUUGAAUUGUCGGACAGAUUAUUUAUAGGGACCUACCGAUUGUCUAAAAAAUUAACUGAAGACCUUAUAUGUACAUUGACGCCAUACAUGAUCGAACCAAAUACUACUGCUGGGCUAUCUAUUAAAAGAAAGGUGUUGACUGCACUUAGAUUCUUUGCUAGUGGAAGCUACCAACAAGAUAUUGGAGAACACAGAGGUGCUGCUGUUAGCCAACCAUCUGUAAAUAGAUGCAUAGCAGAG